GAUCAGCGAAUCGCCGAAGAGAGCCAUAAAAAAUGCAGGACCCGCGGAAGAGAGCAUCUGCCGUCGUUUCCACAAAAAGUUUUUGGUAUCCAUGGGGAUCCAGUAACUCCUCUGCUAUAGUACAUAUUUGACAAGCUAUAGUCGGCUCGAGCUUGCACUCCAGCUUCACGUUCAGUGUGGUUCAGACGCGCGGAGCUUCUCAGCGUUUGAACUCAAAGUUUGUUUUUUUGUCAGUUGGUGAGACCACCCCAACAACACAGCAGUCAUGGACGCCAUCAAGAAGAAGAUGCAGAUGCUUAAACUCGACAAGGAGAAUGCCCUGGACAGAGCUGAGGGAGCUGAGGGAGACAAGAAGGCAGCGGAGGACAAGAGCAAACAGCUUGAGGAUGACCUGGUAGCGCUGCAGAAGAAGCUGAAGGGAACAGAGGAUGAGUUGGACAAGUACUCUGAGUCUCUUAAGGAUGCCCAGGAGAAACUUGAACUCGCUGAGAAGAAAGCCACAGACGCCGAGGCUGAUGUAGCUUCCCUGAACAGACGUAUCCAACUGGUUGAGGAGGAGUUGGAUCGUGCUCAGGAGCGUCUGGCCACAGCUCUGACCAAGCUGGAGGAGGCUGAGAAGGCUGCUGAUGAGAGUGAGAGAGGCAUGAAGGUGAUUGAAAACAGAGCAUCGAAGGAUGAGGAGAAGAUGGAGCUGCAGGAGAUCCAGCUGAAGGAGGCUAAGCACAUCGCUGAGGAGGCUGACAGGAAAUACGAGGAGGUCGCCCGUAAGCUGGUCAUUAUUGAGAGUGAUCUGGAACGUACAGAGGAGCGCGCUGAGCUCUCUGAAGGCAAAUGCGCUGAGCUUGAGGAAGAGUUGAAGACAGUCACAAACAACCUGAAGUCUCUUGAGGCUCAGGCAGAGAAGUACUCACAGAAGGAGGACAAGUACGAGGAGGAGAUCAAGGUUCUCACAGACAAGCUAAAGGAGGCUGAGACCCGUGCUGAGUUCGCUGAGAGGUCCGUGGCCAAGCUUGAGAAGACCAUUGAUGAUCUGGAGGAUGAGUUGUAUGCACAGAAGCUAAAGUACAAGGCCAUCAGCGAGGAGCUGGACCACGCCCUCAACGACAUGACCUCCAUGUAAUCUAUCACCUGCUUGUGUCUGCUUGUGCGUUGUGCUUAAAUUGUUUACAUCAUCUCACAACCAUCACAGACGCCACCCGCUGGUUGAGAGGCCUCUCUCUACUACAACUAUGUGGCAGUAUCGCCCAACAUCCUGUCCCCUAUGUCUCCACGUCUCUUCUCUACCACAGCACCACUGCACAUUGGGCCUCUGCUGCUGCUGCCAUCCUAUAGACCACCUUUUGUAUAGAACCCUGACUCAUUUUGCUUUCUGUAAAAUAAACUUUACAUCCAUCCAUGUCAGCCAUCCUUACCCUUCAAUUCUGUACUUCUUAAUUUCCUUCAUUUCAUUUCAUUUCCUGUCUUUAAAUGUUUCUCUGUUUAUUUUAUUACUGAGCAGCUUUGAAUAAAACCAAAAGCUCCUCUUCACAAAUGUAUGUUUUUUGUUUUUGAUUUGAUUUUGUCACAGCAUUAUGUACUAUGGUAGUAGUAUUAACAAAACAUGUGCUUACAUUUGGACAAAAGCACAUCCACAGAGUGUAUUUAAAAAAAAAGUAUACAGGUGUUUAUUGACAGGGAUAGGCAAGAAAUUAAGAGGGAGAUGGAUAAAAAAUAUUGUGUAGAGGUGCGGUGGGAUUUGACCCCACUCAGGCAGUGGAUUGUGUAAGUGCAGAGGGCUGCGGCCAUAACCUCUCUACCAACCUCAGACAUGGUUUCAUCUUCUUUAACCAGCCGAGUAAUUGUCAUGGAUUGAUCAGAAACUGAAAAUGUACCUGUUUCAGCAUCCUCAGCAUUCCCGACGGUCACACUUUGCUUCAUGUUCAAAGCCAAAAGAUAAUAGUGACGUGUAACAUUGGGGAUAUUCUGUAAACAUAUAAUUCAGUCAUUUCACAGUCACACCAUCUCCACAUUGAGGUGAGGGAGCCAUUUCUUAGUUUGCAUAUAGAUGUGAUCAUUUAGGCAGGGUAGAAAACAAUGGUAUUUGUUGUGUGUGCUGUUGUAGCAUGACACAAGACUCUAUCUUUCUGUACUAACACACUUUGUUCUCUCUAUUCUAUUUUCUCUUAACCUGCUUUCUGACU